AUGCAAGGACCUUGGCGGCCGACUGCACAACACCACUUGUUGCCGUCAGUAGUGCCUGCCUGUUGCCGACGUCGCCGCAACAACAUCAUACGCAUCAGGAUGGUUCGAGCAAGCUGCCUGUUAGCAAGCUGUGUGCUGAUCGCUCUCCUCCUCGUUGUACCAGCAUCUGCUUACCCGAGGUAUCCCAGCAACUACUACCGUGACGAUGUCCAAUACGAACCCGAAGAGAUCAUGGAUAUGCUGAAUCGCCUCGGAAACCUCAUCCAGAUUGAACGCAAAAUGGAAAACUACAAAGACGACAUUACCAGCGAGAAGCGAGCCCUUGAUCUUGGCCUGAGCCGUGGAUACUCUGGUACACUUCAAGCCAAACACCUUAUGGGACUUGCUGCUGCUAACUACGCUGGUGGCCCCGGAAGGAGGCGACGAGAUGCCAACUAA